AGCAGGCCCGGUGUUUCCCUGUGAAAGGCAACAACCUCAUUAUAUGAUGCAGAAAGAAACAGAAAGUGCACAAGCUAAGGAGCCGAAAGAGCCUGCAACUCUACCUUUGGCCCUUUUGGCCCAACAUGGCCACCUGGUCCUGGACGACCCUCUAGUCCUGGGGGACCUUGGAUUCCUGCAUAACCUUUGUCUCCCUGUGUGAAAAGACACUAGCAAACAGUGGCAGUCACUCAGUUUGGUUGUCGCUGAUACUGAGGCCGGAGAUCAGUUUGAAUCUUUCCCUUACUUUGAAUGCAAAAAAAAAACUUUUCAUGAAGAUAACCUCAGCCUCCAAAUUUGGGGGGCAGCACUGAUUCCAACACCCACCUGUAAAGCAGACAGAUCACAUGAGAGAUGAGAUCCUCAUUUAGUGUCAUGAGUUUGUCCCCCCUCAUGUGGAUCCUUGUGCUGACCAUCUUUGUGCAGCAGGUCAAAGCAGGGCAAACUGAGGGGCCAUGUCAAGGUAGAAACUGCUCCGUAUGCCAGUGUCUUCCUGCCAAAGGUGCACGGGGGGCUCCGGGGAAGCCAGGUGUGCAAGGCUCCAAUGGACCAAUGGGCCCAUGGGGACAUAAAGGGCCACCAGGAGAAAAAGGCAGGAGGGGAUCAGAGGGAUUACAAGGCUCAGAUGGACUUAAAGGAGACCGUGGCGAGAUUGGUGCUCCUGGUUUCCCUGGUAAUGAUGGCUCAUUAGGUCAUCCUGGAGCAGGUGGGGAGCCUGGUGUGCCAGGACUGGAUGGCUGUAAUGGGACACGGGGUCAAAAUGGAGUCCCUGGCCUUCCUGGUUUGGACGGCUUUCAUGGGUCACCGGGAUUACCUGGUUCUAAAGGAAUUAAAGGAGAACCUGAAUAUGGCACUGUCUCUCCAGGACCUCCUGGGGAGCGCGGCAGACAUGGAGACCCUGGUUUACCUGGAGGAAAAGGAUACAUUGGACCUAAAGGGAGUAUUGGACUCCCUGGCCAUCCUGGACCAAAGGGCUUGAAAGGACCUAGAGGUGAUAGAGGACCAUCAGGCAACCCUGGAGGAUCACAAGCAGGUGAUAAAGGUGACGAUGGUGAACAAGGCCCACCUGGCCUUCCAGGACCAGAAGAAGUCAUAGAAUUUCCUCCAGACUUUCUUCCACUCAAAGGCUACAAGGGAGACAAAGGUCUGCCCGGACCAUGCGGACCAAAAGGCGAAGCCAGGGAUAUAGAGGACUAUAGCAGACAAGGAAUUAAGGGAGAGCAAGGAAUCCUUGGAUUUCCUGGACUUAGGGGUCUUCCAGGAAGGUCUGGUAGGGAAGGACAACCAGGACCUGAGGGUGUUCGUGGAGUGCAAGGACUUCCAGGUCUCAUUGGAAGAACUGGACCAAAGGGUUACCCAGGAGACCCAGGUGUCCCCGGUCCCCUACUCUUCCAAAAUGGGAGUGAUGCCAGAGGUGCUAAAGGUGAGCGGGGGUAUCCAGGAACAUCUGGACUGCCAGGUGACCAUGGAUAUCAGGGUCCGCAAGGACCACCUGGCCCACCAGGGUUAACAGUACCAGAAGAGCCAGGUCUCCCUGGUCCACGAGGGCCCCUCGGUCCAAAGGGCUACAAAGGAGAACCAGGAAGAUACAAUUUUGAAAUCAAACCAUUGCCAGGACCAAUGGGACCUAAAGGACUUCCUGGUCCUAAAGGUUACAGAGGCCUCCCUGGUCGUCCAGGAUGUGGAGGUAAGUUCUCUCAUUUAUUUUCUUUUGUUGUUAUUGAUUUAAUUUGUAUCCAAUUUUGUAUUGAAAUUACUUGUUUGCUUGAUCCUACAGAUUAUUACUGUGAGCCUGGUGACCCAGGUGAACCUGGUGACCCAGGAUCCAUAGGGACUCUUGGAAACCAAGGGCCCAAAGGAAUUAAAGGGUGCCCUGGGGAUUGUGAAUGUAGGGUUGAUGGGGGAAACAUAGGGCUACCUGGUCCACCAGGUUAUCCAGGACCUCCAGGGUUACCUGGAACUCAAGGACUUAAAGGUGACCCUGGAUUUAGAGGAGCUGAGGGUUCACAAGGACCACAAGGCUUUCAAGGAAAUGCUGGUUUAAAAGGACUGAAGGGUCUGAAAGGUGAUUCUUUUGCGGUUGGUGGUAAAGGUGCCAAGGGUGACCAAGGGGUGCCUGGGUAUGCUGGUCCCACUGGGGCAACAGGUUCACCAGGACAGGAUGGACACCGUGGCCCUACAGGGGACCCUGGACCACCAGGUGCUGGAUAUGCAGCACUACCUGGCCCUAAAGGUUACCCUGGCUUUCCUGGACCCAAAGGAAUUCCAGGGACUGUGGGCCCCCCAGGGCCUGGUUUUCCAGGCAUUCCAGGGCCACCAGGACCUAAAGGAAAUCAGGGACCUACUGGACUGCCAGGAUUUCCUGGGCGUACAGGUUCUCCAGGUGAAAUUGAAGUAUGCUGCCAUGAAGAUGAGAUUGGACCACCUGGUGCCAAGGGUGAGCCAGGUUCCUCAGGGAUUCCAGGUAUGCCAGGAAGAGAUGGUUUCCCCGGUGUUCCAGGACCCCCAGGUCACAAAGGCAUGAAAGGAAAUGAUGGUGAUUCUGUAAGAAAUGGUCUGCCGGGAAUUCCAGGUUUAAAUGGGGAUUCAGGUGAUCCUGGUCCCAGUGGGAUUAGUCUGGAAGGCCCUCCAGGCCCUGCUGGGUUACCAGGACUUCCCGGCAGAAAGGGUCCCACAGGAGAUGUUUUCUCUGCCAGUCCAGGUGCUACUGGCCCACCAGGCCCGUCUGGAGAGACGGGUACAAGGGGACCACGUGGCUUUCCUGGAAAUUCUGGGUCGCCAGGCAUACAAGGCUAUCCUGGACUGCCAGGUCAUAAAGGAAAACCUGGAGUCAAUGGUGACCCCGGUGCCACUGGUCUCCCAGGCCCACCUUGUACUGUUUGUGAGUUGUAUGGAACCAUAGGCCCGCCAGGCCCUCCAGGAAACCCUGGAAAGACAGGAGUACCAGGUUAUCCUGGUCAAAAGGGUUUAAAAGGAGAUAUUGGUCCACCUGGUCAUGGACCAAAGGGUGUGAAAGGAUUUCCUGGCCUUCCUGGUGUGGCAGGAGCUCCAGGACCAAGUGGCAACACUGGCCCUUUAGGAGAUCCUGGGAAAGAUGGUUUCCCAGGACUAAAAGGUGAAACUGGCUACCCUGGAAGCGCUGGGGCAAGAGGUUUAAAAGGUCGCCCCGGACAUCCAGGACCCAGAGGUAUACAGGGAGAGAGAGGCUUUAAUGGUCGAGUAGGUGACCCAGGAGACCCAGGAUGGCCUGGUAAUAAAGGUGUACGUGGUCUACCAGGAUUAUUAGGCCCAUCAACGAUUGUGACAGUGACUAAAGGCCCAGCAGGACUACCAGGAAGGAGGGGGCAGCCAGGCCAACAAGGAUUAGCAGGCUUAAAGGGUGUAAGAGGAAUACCAGGUGACGUGGGGCCUGAUGGAUGGCCUGGUCCUCCAGGGUUUAAGGGCAGCGUUGGUACCCCAGGUGGUGCAGGAAUCCCAGGGCUUCCUGGUCACCCUGGAAUCAAAGGUUUCCCUGGUCCAAGAGGAUAUCCUGGACAGGCUGGAGAUCCGGGAGAUCCAGGACUUAUGGGACAUAGGGGGGUACCAGGGCUACCAGGAUUCCCUGGUGCUAAGGGUGAUCCGGGAAUGUCAAACCAACUGCCUGGUCCACCUGGACCCAAAGGAUUGCCUGGGGAGAAUAGGGCAUGUGCUUCAAGAGGGCGGCCAGGAGACCCAGGUGACCCAGGAUCCAGGGGAAGACCGGGACCACCUGGACAAACAGGCAUUCCAGGGGAACCAGGAAGAAGAGGAGGAUCAGGCUUCCCUGGGCCUCGUGGCCUAAACGGUAGUACAGGUUUGCCAGGUAUUCCAGGUGAUCAUGGAGGUCUGGGACCACCGGGUCCACCAGGCCCAUAUGGACCCCCAGGGCUUCCUGGGCCACCAGGUCUGAAUGGAUUGGACGGACUUAGGGGUCCAAAAGGGAUGAAGGGAUCAAAUGGCAUAGAUAUACCUGGACCUCAGGGACCAGAUGGAUAUCCUGGAGUCAAAGGCCUGAGGGGCCACCCAGGACCUCCAGGAGCUACAUACCCUGGGUCUAAAGGCCUGCAGGGCCCACCUGGUGACCCAGGUCUUCCAGGCUUCCCAGGAGAACCUGGUUUCCCUGGCAUAGAAUGUGUCACACCUUCACCAGGACCCCAUGGAGACAUAGGAUAUGAAGGACCUUCAGGACUUCCAGGUGAUCCCGGGGAACCAGGCCCCCCAGGUGUUGGCAUUUCCUACAAAGGUGACCCAGGACCAAUUGGCCUCCCAGGGUCAGAAGGUUGCAAGGGUGAGAGGGGCUUCCAAGGGACUCCUGGAUUUCAGGGCGAACCUGGCUUUAUGGGUCCAAAAGGUGAGAGAGGUGCCACUGGUCUCAUGGGCACUCCAGGACCCAGAGGUCAGCAAGGUCUCCCUGGGCCCAGGGGCUCAAAGGGAGUAACUGGCCCACCUGGAAAUAGCGGUCUCAAAGGUGCUCGUGGUGAUUCUGUCAAUGGACCGCCAGAGAAGGCUCCCCCCGGGCCUCCAGGUCCAUUUGGUUCCACAGGAUUUAAGGGAUUUCCUGGUGAUGUGGGUCCUCCUGGGAGUCCAGGGUAUAAAGGACAAAAGGGGUCCAUAGGGUCUCUGGGUCUCCCUGGUCCACCAGGUCCUGCUGGCCCAGAAGGUCCUGUUGGAGACCCAGGGGAACAUGGUCAGCAAGGAUUUGUUGGGGCUCAAGGUUCUCCAGGUCUACCUGGCAAUCCAGGCGAGCCAGGUCAAAGGGGGACAGCCAGCUCAGGCUUUCUUUUGGUUAUCCACAGCCAGUCGGUUCAGGUGCCUCACUGCCCUCAAGGCAGCAGUCAGCUCUGGGUGGGCUACAGCCUGGUGUACCUGGAAGGACAGGAGAAGGCUCACACACAGGACCUGGGCCAGGCUGGCUCCUGCCUCCCUGUUUUCUCCACCAUGCCUUUCUCUUACUGCAACAAAGCUGCCUGUCACUACUCCAGUCGCAACGACAAAUCCUACUGGCUCUCCACCACUGCUCCCAUACCCAUGAUGCCACUGCUUGGUGAGGAAAUCAGAGCUCACAUCAGCCGGUGUGUUGUGUGCGAGACAGUUUCACCUGCAGUGGCUUUCCACAGCCAGGAUGACACGUUUCCCACGUGCCCACCUGGCUGGAGGAGUCUGUGGACGGGAUAUUCCUUCCUCCUGCACACAGGUGCGGGUGAUGAAGGCGGUGGCCAGUCUUUGACCUCUUCUGGCAGCUGCCUUAAAGAUUUCAGAACUCACCCCUUCAUAGAGUGCCAGGGUGUGCGCGGCUCCUGUCACUACUUUGCCAACCUCUACAGCUUUUGGCUGACUGCUGUGAGUCAGGCAGAGCAGUUUAUCACCCCGAGGCCUGGCACCAUCAAAGCCGCCGACAAACAGCGCGGAAAAAGCAGCCACUGUCAUGUCUGCCUCGGAGGGAAAUAACUAUCCUUUGCAGUAUGUUACAGGUUACAUUUGGUGACAAAAAUUUUUUUUUGUUUUUAGCGUGUUUUUAUAAUGGUGUCACUGUAUCUUUUUCUUAUUAUUUUAAUGAGGUGCUUUUUAUUAUUAUAAAUGUUUUAAUAAUUGAUAGUGUUGUUCCCAAAUGUUUGCCAGAUCAGUGUUACAAUCUUGUCCAAAUUAUACUUUAGGGGUAAAGUUUCACAUUCAUAAUCGUUCAAAAUUCAAUAGUUGUGACACUGGUAGAAGAAGGUAGAAGAAAAUGAACAAUUUCAGCAGGAUACAGUUUGCCUUAGUGGGUUUCAAG